AUAAUCAUUCGUUCGCUUUACCACCAAUUUUUAACGCCCAACGAACAGGCUCUUCUCAUUCUCAUCUAUGUGAUAAUCAACCAACAUCGGCCGGCGACUUCUUUACCUAUUUUUACUCCCGUCUAACAAGACAGGCAGCCUGCCUUCACACUCCUCACUACAUACUUUCCAGCAAACAACAAGAACAAACAUUCCCGAGCUCAUGGCCUGUCCCUCUACCACAACCUGCCCGAUCAUUUCUUCAUCCCUCAUUCCAAAGGCCACCUUCAAGUCGAAGGAAAAACGUGAAAGUGCUAGCGAAAGCGAAAGUGAACACAACAGCCAAACUGUCAUUAGACCCACUGACGCAAACGUCGGGCCGCAAUACACGGACAAGGAUCAACAGCUCCCUCAAGACCACAGUCAUGAUCGAUAUCCAGAGUCUAUCUCAGGUGGCGGGGCUUAUGUGCCGAUGAGUGGCUACUUCAUGCCGGGCAACUUGCUUCGGGAUCGAAAUGAGCUGAGGGCGCCUGAAAUAAUUGCAGAAGGGCUAGCGGUACCGGCUGGAAAAGUGGGAGAGGGAGAUCCUACUGGGCCUGUAUCGUCGGCUGUGGAUACUUCGAUGUUGAAGUUAAAUGAGGUUCCUGGGAAUAGACGGAAGAUUGGUUGGUCAUUGUCCCUUCCUGUUGGGACGGCCACGCAUACUGCUGAACGUGGUCCUCAUGUUGGAAGGUCUUCUGGGGUUAGUGUGUCCUUGGGGGCUGAGGAGGAUUCCGCUUUUGAGGGUUCAUAUGAUGAUCAUGCAGGUUGCAGCCAUGCUGUGAGUGAUGGUUAUUGUGAAGGUAAAGAACCGUUUGAAACUGAUGACAGGGCUGAUGAACAUGGAGAGCCCGAAACUCUCAGGUUUGGUCAAGUUGACUAUUUCACGCAACACAACAGCUUCGAAUUUCGGACAGCUGGGCAUCCCAGAAGACCAAAAUAUUCUGCAGCCAUUGUUGGAAUUCCGUGUCGUGAUACCGUCUGGGCCUUUAUGGACAAGGGUAAUUCCGAGUACAUGCCAAUGGCACCGGAUUUACCCUGGGAAAUCCGAACUCUACAUGAGACAGACGAGCUGAACACAAUAGCGGCCUAUCUUGCUAGCAUGCGACGAAGGUUGAAAGACCUAGAUAUCAACUUUACUUUUCACUAUCGCCCGGUGUCCUUUAUUGACAAGGCAGAUCGUGAUAAGAAGAUUGGGGGAUACACGUCGUCUGAUAAGCAUAAUGCACACACCGUCGCAGAUUUGUAUAUGCAUACGAAGGACGAUAAGAGUUGGGGGACACUCUGUGUUACGAGAGAGCACCAUGUUCAGGGACUAGCCUGGCAUUACUGGGCAGUUGCUGCUAUCUCGCCACCCAAGUCGCCGUUCCAGUCAGGAGAUGAGUCAGGGGUAUAUCUUCUCAUGUAUGAUUCAAGGCCGCUCAAGGAACCGACCAAAAAGCGCGAUCGGGAUUUUUGGAGGAACUAUAUGCGUCGUGAUCAGUACAAACUACUAGUGGAGAUAGGGAAGACUUUCAAGAUCCUUGAUCUCGCAAUCAAUCGGAAACAGCUCUCGGUCGAGGGUGAAGACGAUCCCCUGCGUCUGACCCUGUGGUGGCUUUGGAAUGUUGCCCGGUACGGUGGGGGUAUUUAUGAGAGGCACGGCGAUCUGGACGAUCCACGCUGGAGGUUGACAGAUGCCAGAUGGCUCCAUUUUGAUCAGGAUUGGUCGAGCAAUGUGCGAACAACACUGCGCUGGAAGAAUGUCAAAGAAUGGUUCUCAGAGCAACGACUGGAUGAGCAUAUAAUCCACGAAUAGCAAGUCCAAGGACACACGAUGAGUACACAGAGCAAUAGACUCGGUAAUGCGACAUAGCAAGAAUGCAAUUGGACUUUUUCUGUUACUCUGCAGAUCUCACAUUGAGCACCGGCAACGCGGUGAUGUAGGCGGCUCAGUUUGACAAGCCUCGUGAUCCACAAGGCCAUCACUGCGAGGAACAGAGAUGGAGGGAAUCUACAGUGC